AUGGAUGGUUUAAUUCACGCGGCAUUGGAAGCAGAGGUAAUACUUAAUCGUGCCAAACAUGUGAAUUCAAACAUAACGCAUUUUGACAGUGGUGUCUCAGACCAUAAAAUGACUUGGACCCAUGAAAAAAUGCAUUUAGCAGAAACUGUUGAUGAUACCAGAAUGAAAUUUCAACGAAGUGGAACUAGUUCAACUACUAAAUCGAGCGAAAAGUUUGAUUUAUUUAAGAAGUUACAUGAACUUUACAAUGAUUUAAGUAGGGAUGAAUUAUCUCAAGCGAGCUAUCAAGGACUCAAAACAACUUCAUAUUUACUGGAAAAGCUCUUAGCUACAUAUAAUCUAAACACAUUAAUUAUCAACUUGUAUCCUGGAAAUAAAGGGUACUCACUUUCUCUCAAAGUUAACGGAAAUACACAGCUAUUAACACCACCACCAGAUGGAAGUACAUCUGCAAAUCAAGAUGAAACCUUGAUAGAAACUCCUAGAUGGCCAUAUGAAGAAGAAGAACUUCUUAGUUACCUAGACAAUGAAGAGCUGCCAGUGGUGCUUUUAGAUCUACUGGAAUCUGAACAUUCAUGUUUGUUUUACUCUGGGUGCAUUAUUGCUCAAGUCAGAGAUUAUAGACAAGCAUAUCCCAGUUUCAUGUGCGAUACACAUCAUGUUCUUUUGAGGCCUACAAAUCAGAGCAUAAUAACGGACGCAAUGUGCAUUGGAAGUAGAUGUGGAUGGGUAGGUGAAGAGCGAAGUGCAAUUGAGGCAGUGGAGGCAGCUUUGGUUCACGCUUCGGCGCCACCACUCUGUCUAGAGCCAAGGCCGGCUGUUGGGUUACUAGCUGCUAAAUUACAUGCUGCACCAAGAUUAUUCAAUACGCCAAGAGUAAGGCGGCAAGCGAGGCGGUUUUCUCAGGUUGCUGUAAAUAGGAAGAGGAAAUUGGACCAGUUCACACACUAUCAUGGCUUGGAACUUCUGGAACUCAUACAUAGACAAAGGGCAAAGAAUAGUAGACAAUCCGUUCCCCAUACUAGGCUCACUUCUAAAUUUCCUAAGAAGCCACCAGAGGUGUUCAAACCAAUUGAGCCACCAAAAAUGGAGCCAUUACCUCUCGCCCUGCCAUCAGAGCCGAGCGGGCCGCUUCGCGUUGCGAGAGCGUACGAACGACCACGCCCAACACCUGAUUGCCAACCCCAAUUAGUUGAAGAAUAUAUAUUGGAAACUGAAAAGACGUCACCGCACGCUGGCGCUGGAUUUUUCCAUAUAAAACUCAGUAUACUGCAGAGGCCAUCAGACCAGGAGUUCCUUGGGGAGCUCUAUGUUGAUAGAGAUCAUGUGGAGGGGGAGAAGAAUGGUGCGGCGUGUCGGUUUACGCUAGGAUCACGUCUCCAAGCAAACAAGUAUAUACAACAGUUCACGGAGAUAUUUACCGAAGAAGGGCGUAAAUCUGUGAGAAUAAAACACAUUGUACCUGGACAGCUGCCGAGAGUUUCAUUCACGGGUGGCAUGAGGGAAAUUCAACAAGGACAGCAACAGUUGCUGCUCCAGCAGCGGUCUGCGGCAGCGAGUAACGCCACAGUACAAACACAUGCCACUACAGUUCCUGUUGUGACAUCGGCAAUAUCAACGCCAGCCGUUCACCCGAAUGCCAGACAACUACCGAUAUUGCAGGCGCAACUUCAGCAAGUCGCUGCAGUUGGCAAUGUUGGAAACGUCGCCACUGUUGGCACAGUUGUCGGGACUGUUGGUAACGUUGGCAACGUUGGCGCAGUCGGCACUGUCGUUGGCACUGUUGGAAGUGUUGGCACCGUCGUUGGUACCGUGGGUAAUGUUGCCACUGUGGUUGGCAACGUGGGUAACGUGACGACUGUGCCGGCGGUUGCCAGUGUACCGCCAGUGGCUGGGGUGGCAGUUGAAACGGCGCUCAAGCAACAGCCAUCUCCUACGCCGAGAUUGUCGCCGCAAGUCCAUGACAUUCAUUCAACACAGGCGUCAACUAACCAGUUGCUGGCUCAGCAAUUAACGAAUCCGCCUCAACCUCUCAACCCACAGAAGAUGCAGUCCGCCAUUAUCCACAUACAGCAUCCUUUGAUGUCUACCACUGGAACAUCACAGGUGCAAACAAUACAGUACACAACUGCCACAACGGCUCAACAAAAAGCAACUGUCACAAAGCCCAGGUCCACGAAUCCAGCCAUCAAUGCUCUAGUCACGAGUCUUAUGAACUCCGCCCAGCAGUUCCAACAAGCUGCAAAUCAAAACGCUGCAAAAUCGGUGGCAAGCACAGCAAGUAGUAACGCAACGAUACUGAAUCUGCUGAACAGCGCUCCGGCGGCCAUGACACAUGUGACGUCAUCGGCCGAUAACUCCCUUGAGCACAAGCUGUUAACACGAACAGUGUCCAUUGCGGGUGGAAGACUGAUAGCCACUUCUACGACCGCGCAUACGCUGCCGACGUACUCGCAUCAGGUGAGGGUAAUGAGCGGAUAUACACGCGACAGUGAGUCGACGAACGUGUCGAGUAGCGAGAGCGCGUUAUUGGAGAGGCUGAUGGGAGAAGACUCGCAGACUCACACGCCCCAGCAGCCCCAGCAGACUGCGCAACCCGUUUGUCAUUUGCAGGGCGUAAGUCUUGCGUCCCUCCAGACUUUACAAAGUCUGCCAGGUCUGGCAGGGCUCCAGGGCGUGCAGAACGUUCAAGUCCAGAUCCCAGGUCUGUCAGCGCCCAUCUCCCUCUCGCUGAACGUGUCCGGUGCUUCCAGUGGGUUACUGGUUUCGGUCCCACCAACGACGUCAGUGGUACUGGCUAAUCAACCCUCGGUGCUAAGUUUGCCUAUAGCUCAGCUCAUGGCGUCAGGCGUCAAAGCGGGUGUAAGAGGUGGCACAGUUCAAGUGGUACGAGGGGCACGCCCAGGCGCCCGGCUUGCGCGACCCGUGACGAGGCCCACCUUACAGCCCGCAGGAACAACCCAUUUCAUCACCCAACCGCAGACGCAGACGCUGAACGUACACCAAGUGCGACGGAAAUCGAAUCCUGACAGCUCAUAG